AUGGCGGCUUGUGGUUCAGUUUCGUCGUCUGCUUUUCUCGGGAGCUGGGGCUCUUCCAUAGCCGGCGACGUGAACCAGCUGCAGCCCAAGGCGGCGGUGAGGGUGGCGCGGCCGGUCCGACCCCAGCCGGUGGUGAUGAAGAAUGCCAAUGAAGGGAAGGGCAUUUUCGCACCCUUGGUUAUUGCGACGAGGAAUGUUAUCGGGAAAAAGAGGUUUAAUCAGCUCAGAGGCAAAGCCAUUGCUCUUCACUCGCAGGUCAUAACAGAGUUCUGCAAGUCGAUAGGAGCAGACUCGAAACAACGGCAAGGGCUAAUCCGAUUAGCGAAGAAAAACGGGGAGUGGCUUGGCUUCCUUUCUUGA